GGGGAAGGAGCCGGCGCCGAGGCUGGCGGGCCGUGGCGCGGCCUAGAGGAGGCGGGGUCCCCGGGCUCAGUCGAGCCACGUGCGGUUGUUUCCGCGCCGGGGCGAUCACGUGAGCAGCGUCAGCUGACCCGUCACGGAGGAGCCCGGCGCUGGCGCCCGGUAACCCCCGCCCGGCCGCGCCCGGAGCGCAGGACCCUGAGGAGGGGUAAGACCGCCCCCGCGGCCCGCCUCUGUCCCCGGCCCAUCCCCGCCUCCUCCGCCUCAACCCCGUCCCUCGCUCAUCCCCACCCACCCCGCCUGGCAUCCCGGAAGCCGAGGCGAGGGGGGCUGUGGCCGGGCUCAGCCCCGCGCCGCCCCUAGGCGGCCAAGAGGGGAUGGCCCUGGGGAGCAGGGGGCGGGAAGUAGCGCUUACCGCGAAGGGUGAGGGCUGUUCACUGCCCCCGAGCCCCGACAUGGAGGAGCUGCUCCGGAGCGUGGAGAGGGACCUGAACAUCGAUGCUCGGCAGCUGGCUCCGGCCCCGGGGGGCGCGCACGUGGUGGCUCUAGUGCCCGCGCGCUGGCUGGCCAGCCUCCGCGAGCGCAGGCUGCCCCCGGGACCCUGUCCGCGCGCCGAAGGCCUGAGCGAAGCGGAAGUCAGGACGCUCUUGCAACGCUCGGUGCAGAGGCUGCCGGCCGGCUGGACUCGAGUAGAGGUGCACGGGCUGCGGAAACGAAGGCUCUCCUACCCGCUGGGCGGCCUGCCUUUUGAGGAGGGGUCCGGCAGCCCGGAGACCCUCACUCGCUUCAUGCAGGAUGUGGCUGCCCAGAAUUAUCGCAACCUGUGGCGCCACGCGUAUCACACUUAUGGGCAGCCCUACAGCCAUAGCCCUGCCCCGGCGGCGGUCCCUGCCCUGGAUUCAGUGCGACAAGCUCUGCAGAGGGUCUAUGGUUUCCCUUUCCUGCCAGUGGGUGAAGCUACGCAGUGCCCCUCAUAUGCCAGAGAAGGCCCCUGUGCCCCUCGGGGCUGCCCUGCCUCUCCCAGCCUUCUGAGAGCCGAGGCUCUGCUGGAGUCGCCCGAGAUGCUCUACGUCGUGCACCCGUAUGUGCAGUUCUCCCUGCACGACGUGGUCACCUUCAGCCCCGCCAAGCUGACCAACAGCCAAGCCAAGGUGCUCUUCAUUCUCUUCCGUGUGCUGAGGGCCAUGGAUGCCUGUCACCGCCAGGGACUGGCUUGUGGGGCCCUGUCUUUGCACCACAUCGCUGUGGAUGAGAAACUUUGCAGCGAGCUCCGCCUGGACCUGAGUGUUUAUGAGAGGCGCAAGGAGGCGGGGGAUGAGGAGACCCGGGAAGCAAGAAACGGGGCAGGCGUUGAGCCUGGCGAGGAGGGACGACGGGGACCCGGGUGUCCCACCUGCCAGGAAGAGCUCCGGGGCCUCGUGCUAGACUGGGUCCACGGCCGCAUCAGCAACUUCCACUACCUCAUGCAAUUGAAUCGGUUGGCGGGUCGGCGGCAGGGGGACCCCAACUACCACCCGGUGCUGCCCUGGGUGGUCGACUUCACCACGCCCCGUGGGCGCUUCCGAGACCUGCGCAAGUCCAAGUUCCGCCUCAACAAGGGGGAUAAGCAGCUGGACUUCACAUAUGAGAUGACCCGGCAGGCGUUUGUGGCAGGGGGUGCAGGCGGCGGGGAGCCACCUCACGUCCCUCACCACAUCUCCGACGUGCUUUCUGACAUUACCUACUACGUGUACAAGGCCCGGCGCACGCCCCGGUCGGUGCUCUGCGGACACGUGCGGGCGCAGUGGGAGCCCCACGAGUACCCGGCCAGCAUGGAGCGGAUGCAGAGCUGGACUCCAGAUGAGUGCAUUCCCGAGUUCUACACUGACCCCUCCAUCUUCUGCUCCAUCCACCCCGAUAUGCCUGACCUGGAUGUGCCGGCCUGGUGCCGCUCCAACGAGGAGUUCGUGGCUGCUCACCGGGCGCUGCUGGAGAGCCGAGAGGUGUCCCAGGACCUACACCACUGGAUUGACCUCACCUUUGGCUACAAAUUGCAGGGCAAGGAGGCUGUGAAGGAGAAGAACGUGUGUCUACACCUGGUGGACGCCCACACGCACCUGACCAGCUAUGGCGUGGUGCAGCUCUUCGAUCAGCCGCAUCCCCAGCGCCUGGCGGGGGCCCCUGCCCUCGCCCCUGAACCUCCUCUCGUCCCCAAGCUGUGGUUCCAGACCAUCCAGGAGAGCACAGGCCGGGAGGACUUCCCUGCACAACUUACGAAUGGGAUGGGCAGGACGGUUUUGGAGGCCACUCCCUGUGAGGCUGGCUGGGCCAGGGACAGGCCCAUGGUAGGGGAAGAUGACUUGGAGCAGGCCACAGAAGCUCUGGAUUCCAUCUCUCUGGCUGGGAAGACAGGUGACCAGCUGGGACCGUCUCCCUCCUCCACUUCCUCCAGUCAAGCCCCACCAGGCCUCUUGCCUUUCUCAGGGGCCUCAGCCUCUCGACCGGGCCGUCGGAACAGAGCUGCUGGGGUGGACCCCGGAGAAGGUGAGGAGGGCAAGAUUCUUCUUCCCGAGGGCUUCAGUCCUCUGCAGGCUCUGGAGGAGCUGGAGAAACUAGGCAACUUCUUGACCAAAGGCCUAGGGGGCCGCUUGGAGGUGCCUGAGCAGCCCCGGGUUCAGCCCCCCGUGCAGCUGCGGGACCUCUUUCAUCGGGACAUGCAGGCGCUGGGGGUCCUGUUGGCUGAGAUGGUGUUCGCCACCAGGGUCCGGACACUGCAGCCUGACGCGCCUUUGUGGCUACGCUUCAAGGCUGUGCAGGGGCUCUGCGCACGCCAUCCCAAGGAGGUCCCGGUGUCUCUGCAGCCCGUGCUGGACACACUUCUGCAGCUGAGUGGCCCUCAAGGCCCCGUGGUUGCAGGGAGGGGCAAGCUGGACCCACUGUUUGCGUACAGGCCCGUCUCCCAGGGAUUGCCCCCACCCUGCCCCGCCCAGCUCCUCAGCCCCUUCAGCUCUGUGGUCCCCUUCCCCCCAUACUUCCCCGCGCUGCACAAAUUCAUCCUCCUGUACCAGGCGAGGCGCGUGGAGGACGAGGCCCAGGGGCGGGAGCUGGUCUUUGCUCUGUGGCAGCAGCUGGGUGCCGUUUUGAGUGACAUCACCCCCGAGGGCUUGGAGAUCUUGUUGCCUUUCGUGCUGUCACUCAUGUCUGAGGAGCACACGGCCGUGUAUGCAGCCUGGUACCUAUUUGAACCUGUAGCCAAGGCCCUGGGCCCCAAGAAUGCCAAUAAGUUCCUUCUGAAGCCUCUCAUUGGGGCCUACGAGAGCCCCUGCCAGCUCCACGGCCGCUUCUACCUGUACACCGACUGCUUUGUGGCCCAGCUGAUGGUGCGGCUGGGCCUGCAGGCCUUUCUUGUCCACCUCCUGCCCCACGUCCUGCAGGUGUUGGCUGGCGUGGAGGCCUCCCAGGAGGAAAACAAGGGCCUGGCGGGGGCCGCCGAGGACGAGGAAAGUGGGCUCCCGGGGGCCGGGCCCGGGUCCUGUGCCUUUGAGGAGGAGAUCCACAUGGAUGGGGAGCCUGCCGCCGCCUCGGGCCUAGGGCUCCCGGACUACAUGUCUGGCGUCAGCUUCCACGACCAGGCUGACCUCCCCGAGACGGAGGACUUCCAGGCUGGGCUGUACGUGGCCGAGUCCCCUCAGCCCCAGGAGGCUGAGGCUGUGAGCCUGGGCCGGCUGAGCGACAAGAGCAGCACCAGCGAGGCCUCCCUGGGCGAGGAGCGGGCGGCCGACGAGGGGGGCGUCCCGGUGGACAAGAGCAGCCUCAGGUCAGGUGACAGCAGCCAGGACUUGAAGCAGAGUGAGGGCUCCGAGGAGGACGAGGAGGAGGAGGAAGGCUGUGUGGUGUUGGAGGUGGGGGAGGGGGAGGGCGAGCAGGAAGAGGUCCCUGAGGCGUCCGAGCUCACGCUCUCCGACACUGUGCUGUCCAUGGAUACGGUUGUGGCUGGCGAUGGUGGGGCCAACGGAGAGGAAGAAGAGGAGCCACUGACCGAGCAGUCGGAGGGCAAAGAACAGAAGAUCCUUCUUGAUACGGCCUGCAAGAUGGUCCGCUGGCUGUCUGCCAAGCUUGGCCCCACUGUGGCCUCUCGCCACGUGGCCCGGAACCUGCUCCGCCUGCUGACGUCAUGUUACGUUGGGCCCACCCGGCAGCAGUUCACCGGGGGCAGUGGCGAGAGCCCCCCGCUGAGCGUGGGCAACAUCUAUCAGAAGAGACCGAUCCUGGGCGAUGUAGUGUCGGCGCCCGUGCUCAGCUGCCUCCUGCACAUCGCCCACCUCUAUGGGGAGCCUGUCCUCACCUACCAGUACCUGCCCUACAUCAGCUACCUGGUGGCCCCAGGUAGCACCUCAGGCCCCAGUCGACUGAACAGCCGCAAGGAGGCAGGGCUGCUGGCAGCUGUGACGCUGACCCAGAAGAUCAUCGUGUACCUCUCGGACACCACCCUCAUGGACAUCCUGCCCCGGAUCAGCCACGAGGUCUUGCUGCCCGUGCUCAGCUUCCUCACUUCCCUUGUCACGGGGUUCCCAAGUGGAGCCCAGGCCCGGACUGUCCUGUGUAUGAAGACCAUCAGCCUCAUCGCCCUCAUCUGCCUGCGUAUCGGACAGGAGAUGGUCCAGCAGCACCUGAGUGAGCCCGUGGCCACCUUCUUUCACGUCUUCUCUCAGCUGCACGAGCUUCGGCACCAGGAUCUGAAGCUGGAGUCCGUGGCCCGCAGUGAAGGCCAGCUGCCAGAGGUGGCUUUCUCCGAUGGGCAGCUGCGGCCGGCGGACCCCGCCCUGCUGGAUGAGCUGCAGAAGGUGUUCACCUUGGAGAUGGCGUACACAAUCUACGUGCCCUUCUCCUGCCUGUUGGGUGACAUCAUCCGGAAAAUCGUCCCCAACCACGAGCUGGUGGGGGAGCUGGCGGGGCUGUACCUGGAGAGCAUCAGCCCAAGCAGCCACAGCCCUGCCGGCGUGGAGCCCACCGCGCCCAGCACCGGCCCGGAGUGGGACCCCCAGGGUGGGGGCUGCCCCCAGGACGACGGGCACUCAGGGACCUUUGGGAGCGUCCUGGUUGGGAACCGCAUCCAGAUCCCCGAUGACUCCCAGCCUGACAGCCCUGGCCCGCUGGGCCCCAUCUCUGGGGUGGGUGGCGGGGACCCCGGCAGCCAGAGUGAGGACAACGCACUGAAGCGGGAGCUGCCGCGGAGCGCACAUGGGCUGAGCGGGAACUGGCUGGCCUACUGGCAGUACGAGAUUGGCGUGAGCCAGCAGGACGCCCACUUCCACUUCCACCAGAUCCGCCUGCAGAGCUUCCCAGGCCACUCGGGGGCCGUCAAGUGUGUGGUGCCCCUGAGCGGCGAGGACUUCUUCCUGAGCGGCAGCAAGGACCGCACUGUGCGCCUCUGGCCGCUCUACAACUCCGGGGACGGCACCAGCGAGACGGCCCCGCGCCUCAUCUACGCCCAGCACCGCAAGAGUGUCUUCUUCGUGGGCCAGCUCGAGGCCCCACAGUGCGUGGUGAGCUGUGAUGGGGCUGUGCACGUCUGGGACCCCUUCACAGGGAAGACUCUUCGCACGGUGGAGCCAUCGGACAGCCGGGUGCCCCUGACCGCUGUGGCCGUCAUGCCCGCCCCCCACACCAGCAUCACCAUGGCCAGCUCUGACUCGACCCUGCGCUUUGUGGACUGCAGGAAGCCAGGCCUGCAGCAUGAGUUCCGCCUGAGCAGCGGGCUGAACCCUGGGCUCGUCCGCUCCCUGGCUGUCAGCCCCAGUGGCCGUAGCGUCGUGGCCGGCUUCUCCUCGGGCUUCAUGGUGCUGCUGGACACCCGUACGGGCCUGGUUCUGCGUGGCUGGCCUGCCCACGAAGGGGACAUCCUGCAGAUCAAGGCAGUGGAGGGCAGCGUCCUGGUCAGCUCCUCCUCCGACCACUCCUUGACGGUCUGGAAGGAGCUGGAGCCGAAGCCCACGCAUCACUACAAGUCAGCCUCUGACCCCAUCCACACCUUCGACUUGUACGGCAGCGAGGUGGUGACCGGCACUGUGGCCAACAAGAUCGGCGUCUGCUCCCUGCUCGAGCCGCCUUCCCAGGCCACCACCAAGCUCAGCUCUGAGAACUUCCGCGGCACGCUCACCAGCCUGGCCUUGCUGCCCACCAAACGCCACCUCCUGCUGGGCUCAGACAACGGGGUGGUCCGCCUCCUGGCGUAGGCUGAGGCGAGUUCUGGUCAGGUGGAGACAGGCACACAUCCUCCAGGAAGCCGUCCCUCAUCUUGUUUCCCCAGCAGCUCAUUCCUGGCAAGCCCCAGGCCCCAUGCCCUGGGUAGCCACGUGGCCUGCCAGCUAGGGUGGUGUGGGAGUCUGGGCUCCUGAACCCCCAGAGCCAUGGAGGCCCCCAGAGGGGAUCUCAUUCAUGACUUGGGGCCAUGCUGCUUGGAGCCAGCAGGAAGCAGAUGAGAGAGCCUGGCAGGGGCUUCCCUGGUGGCCCAGUGAUUAAGACUGUGCUUCCACUGUAAGGGGCGUGGGUUCGAUGCCUGGUUGAGGAGCUAAGAUCCCACAUACCGAAUGGUGUGGCCAAGAAAUAAAAAUAAAAAAAAAAAAAAAAAAAGGGAGAGCCUGGGAAAGUACCGCUGCCCUCCUUUCUCCCCAUCUCCGCCCUCUGUGUCCUCAUGGGGACAGGAUGCUCUGGGGAAGGGGAAGGAGACCCCCUGCUAAGCUGUCUCCACCAUAGCCCGCCUCCAGCUGGCUCUCUCUGACCCUGUCCUGCAAGGAUAGGGAAGCUGCCCCAGUCCAGGACACUGACGGUGCUUGGACUCCAGCCUCUAAGGGCUGACCACGGUCCAGGAGUUAAGAGCCUUGGGCUGGGCUCUUAAGUGUCCACCCAGCCAGGCCCUGGCCAGUGUGGGACCAGUAGGGGAAGAAAGAGGGCAGGACCAAAGGAGGGCAGAUGGAUGGGGCCAGGUGGUGCCUGCCUGGAGUGAUCCCACACCUUGCCUGCCCACCCCUCACCACAGUGUUUGUGCCUUGAGCUGAUGAGGCAGCCUCUGGGUCCAGAAGCCUUGGGGGAGGGGGUCCAAGACCCUGAAAGAAGGGGCGAAGAAUCAUCUCUGCAUCUCAGGUCUCCCUCCCCCAGGGGGACAGGAAGACCCAGGUUUCACAGGCCCUCGCAUUCUGGAGCAUAGAUGAGGUCUGAGGCUGGACCCCUGCUGCCUUCUCACUAUUUGCAAUAGAUGUAAAUAUGAUCAAUAAAUCCUGUGGAAGAGCCAUGGA